UGUUUGGCGGCGGGCGGGCGGGCGGUGCAGCCGGGCGGGCGGGAGGAGGAGGAGGAAGAGAAGAAGAAGGGGAAAAGGAGGGGGGUCUCCCCUUUGUUGCAUGGGGGUGUCCAGCCGGGGCUGAGGGAAGGCAGGGAGGGGGUCGGUGCCUCCCGCUGCCCCAUGGCCCUCGCUGAGGGGGCGGCCGUGCCCUACGCCGUGGAGCUGGGGCUCACCGUGCUCCACACGGCGCUCUACGCCGCGCUCUUCCUCUUCGCCUACCUGCAGCUCUGGCUGCUGCUCUACUACCGCGAGCGGCGGCUGAGUUACCACACGCUCUGCCUCUUCCUCUGCCUGCUCUGGGCAGCCCUCAGGACCACCCUGUUCUCCUUCUACCUGCAGAAUUCCCUGCAGGCCCUCCGCCUCCAGCAGCCCUUCGCCCACUGGCUCCUGUACUGCCUGCCCGGCUGCCUCCUCUUCUCCAGCCUCUGCCUCCUCAACCUCUAUUUCGCCGAGGUCAUAUUCAAAGUGAAAUGUGCAGCUGAAUUCAACAAGUACAAGGUCCUGUUGUACCUGGGCUCCAUGCUCACCAGCCUCCUGUUCCUGGUUGUGAAUUUGACCUGUGCAAUGCUGAUCCACGGCGAGGUCCCGGAGAAGCAGCUGAGGUGGACGCUCCUGGCGCGGGCUCUGGUCAACGACAGCCUCUUCAUCCUCUGUGCCAUCUCCCUGGCCUGCUGCAUGUGCAAACUGGGAAAGAUGUCUUCAGCCAACGUCUACCUCGAGUCCAAGGGAACAUCUGUCUGCCAGGCUAUUCUGGUGGGAUCUGUAGUGGCCCUCCUGUAUUCCUCAAGGGCUUGCUAUAACCUGGUAGCUGUGGCCAUAUCUCCAGACAAUGUUCCUGGUCCUUUUAAUUACGGCUGGGACAACCUUUCAGACAAGGUGCACGUGGAGGUGAGCAGUGAGGAGUACGUGGUGUUUGGAGUGGUCCUGUUCCUCUGGGAGCUGGUGCCAACCACUUUCGUGGUGCUGUUCUUCCGCGCUCAGAGACUGAGCCAGAACCUGACUCCAGCAGGGAUGGUCAACAGCCACAGCUACAGCUCCAGGGCCUAUUUCUUUGACAAUCCCAGGCGCUACGACAGCGACGAUGACUUGUCACGGCUCGGGGCCAGGGAAGGAGGGUAAGGAAGGGUUGUGCUGCUGCUCUGCUGCCCUCUGGGGCAGCACCAGAGAUCCUGGCUUCUGCUCCUAGGAAAAACUUCGGUGGAAGAGGCAGCUUGGGCGAGGUAGAUGGGUCAGGGAGCCUCUGACAGAGCUUUUGUUGCCUUGUGCAGCUCACAAGGAGCUGUUUUGAUUGGGCAGAAGUGACCAGCUCAGUGAGGUGGAUGGUGCUCACAGGUGGUGAUUGCAAUCAGGAGACCUCAUCCAGGAGGGCAGGGAUCCAUUUCAGAGGGCUCUGAAAUGAUCUCCAGAGGGGUUUCUCCACUGGGAAGUGAGAGCUGGUGAUGUUCUGGAAGGGAGCUGGGACAAAGCUCUGCAGGAAAUGCUGGUGUGGGGGACAAUGGUCAGGUAUCCCCAGCAAAACUCUUACAAGGCAUCCUGGCAGCCCUGUCACCAUGGAAUCAUGGAAUGGUUAGGGCUGGAAGGGACCUUAAAGCCCAUCUUGUUCCACCCCCUGCCAUAGGAAGGGACACCUUCCACUAUCCCAGGCUGCUCCAAGCUCUGUCCAACCUGGUCUGCAACACUUCCACUUCACUUCCAAGUCCCCUCACAGUUGGAAUAAAUCAGCUGAGACUCCAUUUCCUUCAUGCAGAAAGCCAAUUCUUUAUUCUUUGCAGGAAAUAUCAGCCCUGUGUUAAACCUAAUUGGCCAGCAAUGCAGUGAAACUCAGUUCACUGGUCAGUAAGGGCUAUUGUAUAUGUCUGUCAAAUUUUCUCUCUAGAUAUGUUUACAUUUUUCCUUUGUGGAGUCUCAUGGGACAAAUCUUAUUAUUUACACAGGUGCAUUUGUUUUUCACCCUCAGAAUAGAAUGUUGUGUUAAAGGAACUUCUGAUUCUCAAAAUAGCUUCACAUGGCAACUUGCAAAUUGCUUGUUAGCUGCACUUAGAAGAAAUGACAGGCCAGCUUUGGCAAUUUGGUUUCAUAAGGCCUUUCUUUCAUAAUUCUUCUACCUGUCUACAACAUCUCACCCUUUUCAUUAAUUUUUAAAAGGCUCUGUUCUGAUCUUAAAACAGCUUGCUCUUGGGAGGGUAUUAUCUCAUUAAGGUUAUCACUGGUUAUCUAUUAGAUAUGGGAUAAAAGACUGAUUACAAUCAACAAAGCUUAUCAAAUUCUGUCAUGUCAUUGACACAGGAUUUUGCAGCAUGAGAAAACAAAAGAAUAAUGUCCAGUGUCUCUUAGGGAAAUGAAGAUAAAUGACCAUUGCUUUAAAGUCAAAUAGUUGAGGCUCAGGAGAAAGUCCAUUAGCUGGAAAUGUUGAUCUUUGACAUCACUGAAUGUCCUCCUGGAUCCUGGAACAGGGAAUAGCUGAAGAAGGUUGGUAGGAACACUAUCCUGUGAUGAUGACAUGAAGCUUUUGUUGGCAAAUUGCCUCUGUAUUUGCAGACACAGCCGAGUCUUGGCAGUCCUGGUUCUGUUCCUGUUCUGGCCACGAGGGCUGCAGGGUGAUGAGGUUUCUCUUUCCACUGGGCCUCAUUUUCCCAGAGGUGAUCAGUGAUUGAUCUGACAGGUGACCACUUCAAACCUGCUGCUGAUAAAACACAAGCACGCCCUCUCUUGAAGUCAGUGAACCAAUUAGGCUUUGCUAAUUGAGGCACACUCAAUUGGGAUUUAGAUUUGAUGAUCUUUUUUCCAAAUUUCUAAUGCAAAUAUUGCAUUAUUCAAAAUUCUUUGUCUAAAUUUCUAAUGUACAUAUUACAUUAUUUGGAUGUUCUUAAGGCACUAAAUUCACCUUUUUUUUUUUUAAUGAGAUGCUUGUCUUUGGUUUUGAGCAUGAGGAAACAUCAAGGCAAAACCAUACAUGUAGUGAACAAGAAACUGACAGCAAUCAGGAGUAAGCCAGGUACAACAAUUAAGACUACUUCAGCUAAUACACAUAAUUAAUAAUACACGUGAAAUUAGGUAAUUAGGAAUCUCUGAAAUACUGUACCAUCAUGCCAGAGUCUGUGAACAGCUGACAAACCUCAAUUUAGUGAGAGCUUGGAUAAUUAUUUCCAGAUAAUAAUUCCCAAGCUCACUCUAAAGAUAGGUUCAGCUGUCAUAUAUAAAGGGUCAAAUUGCCAAGUCAAAGUGACCUGAAUCUAGUUUUGAUGCAGAAAACAUUGGGUUUAUUGACAAAUUCUCCUUCCAGGUAGAGCUAAGGCCUGGCCACAGCCCAAGCUCCAUCUGGGAGGGAAUUCCCUUAACACAUUUUUAAAAACAAGGCUCUUAAGAAUAGCAGUUAUGAGUAAAGGCCUUGGGGUUAAAGACUAAUCAAACCACCUAGUAGUUGGAUCCCUCCAAAGUUUCCUUCAGGAUAGAGAUGCUUCAAACACAGCAGACUUCUGGAGUGCUUCUGUAAUAACUGGGAAAACCACAAGACUGGCAGUUCAGAGGCGGCUUUCAAGGAAGCUCAAAUAUCUUUUCUUGGAUCUCUGAAAAACACUUAAAAUUGAGACAGCAUUGGGUCAAACCAUGGAGCCAGUGCAGGGACUUAGCCAGAGAACUGAGCUGAUUAAGAGAUGCAUAAGCAGUUAGAGAACAGAAAAGAAGGAUCCUGAAACGCCACGAGUCUUUUAGAUAAUUGCACAAAGAGAUGUUAAAGCAUAUAGCAAGCUGUCUAUAAAUACAGUAAUAACAUCUUAUGAAUGAUGCCUAGUAUAAAAUCAGUAAGUUCACAUCAUGUAAUCAAUAUAUCAGUGGUAACCCUCUUAGGAAGUUGAGAUAACACCUUUCUAAACAGUCAUGUACCUAUGACAGCAAAAUGUAACAAAGGAAAGCACUACAACAGCUUCCAAUCAACAACAGCCAUAAUGGAGAAUCAUCACUGACUCUUCUGUGUUUUCUGUGGAAGAUAAAACAGCAGAGAUUGUAACGAGCAAUCGAAUCUUCACAAAAUCCAGGGUGAACACCCUGUAUCUUCUUUAUCCACAAACAGGUGUUUGUCAGUGUUUCAUCACAGCUGUUCUAGUCAGUCAUCUUAUCUCUUAAAAGAAAACAGCUUUAUAUCUUACAGCAUAGAAAGGUAGUAUUUAAUUAUCUUAGAUUGCAAUGCAAGAUGUAACCAGAUGUAUUCUAUCACCAGCUGUUAAAACCAGGUGGGGCAGUUUUCUUUAUCUCUUCCACAACUGAUCCUCCCUUCAGGAGAUGUCUUUUGUUAAUGGGCCAUUAAGUGUCCCUGCAUGACUGAUAUAGUGACACAAUCCCAUUGGGAGAUGCUCCACCCAGGGGGAGGAGCCAAAGCAUUCCUGCCUGGAUAUAAUCUGAGGCUUGGAACACCACAGCUGCCUUUUUCCACUGGGUUUCCAGAGGAGCAGCCUUUUUCCACUGGAUUCCCAGAGGAAGACCAGACACCAUUGGACCUUCAGAGGACAACUACAGCCUUCUACAGGAUCACCCCUUCAACAGAACCACGUUUGUCAUUCCAGGAAGACUGCAGCCACUGUUUAAUUCCGAUGGCUACCAACAUCCUGACCAACAGGGUGUCAGGUUGUAUUCAGGCUUUGUCUGCUUCAGCAGUAUCAUUUUAUUUGUGAGCUAAUUAUUUCUAAACUUUGAGGAACUACUGCAGAUAAAAUUGAAGGUUAUAGGACUUGGUUAAGAAAUUAAUUAAAAAUAAUCUUGGGAGAAGAGGAGAGCUGCAGGCACACAGGGUAGCGGGAGGUGUGAGUGGGAUGGAGACGAUCCUGGAGCAGCAGCGGUGGUACCAUGAGGAGCAGGAGCGGCUCAUGGAUGUGAUGGUGAAGGAGAUGCUCACCAAGAAGUCCAGGCUCCAUGACCAGAUCAGCUCAGACCACGGCAUCCGGGCCAUGCAGGACAGGUACCUGGAAGUGAGCGGCAACCUGCAGGAUCUGUAUGAUGACGAGGAGGGCCUGCGUGAGGAAGAACCUGGAGCCAUUUCCGGGUCAAAUGAAUUUGUGGAGUUUUACAACAGACUGAAGCAAAUCAAGAAAUUUCACCAGAAGCACCCACAUGAGAUCUGUGUUCCUGUGUCAGUGGAGUUUGAGGAGCUGCUGAAGGCCAGAGACAACGUGAGUGAAGACGCUCAGAAUCUGGCGGAGUUCACAGAUGAGGAAGGGUAUGGACGAUACUUGGAUUUGCAUGAUUGUUACCUCAAGUACAUUAACCUGAAAUCAUCAGAGAAAUUGGAUUAUAUCACUUACUUAUCCACAUUUGUCCAACUCUUCAAUAUUCCCAAGGAGAG